AUGACACAAUACAAUAAGCUUUCUGAAGUUUCUUAUAACCCCAAGAUCACGACUUGGCAUUUUAGAGUCAAAAUACACAGAAUCUGCCCUUACUAUUUCUAUCUUACCAGCAGUGUACCUUUCUAUACCUAUAUCCUAUCAGAUGAAGAGGGAACCAAGAUGAAGAUGAUCAUUUUUGGGGAUUAUGAUAGGUCUAGAGGUCUAGAGAAGCAAGAGGGAAAAUUGGUAGAAAUCUUUCGGGUAGAAGUUAACCGUUCCCGUCCAGGUUUCCAGGAAACUAACUCUCGGUUCACUCUAACUGCUACGCCCUAUACGCAAAUCCCCAUCAUCGAUCAUCUGAACAAACGGCUUUUCAUGGACUUUAAGAACAUCCAUGCAAUCCCUCAAAUGGACCACAGGGACGGAAACUAUCCCAUAGAUACAAUGGGAGUGGUCUUCUACAGGGAAGCCCAUUUCGAUGACCCUGCAAACCCAAGGAUGGUGUUUUACAUAAGGAACAACAUUCGGAUAAAAUGUAAGCAGCUGGCGAUCAUGCUUAUGCCUUCCGAGAUGGUCUUGAAAACAUCAUAG